AUGGCGAAGCCUGCAGCGGUGGCGUCGAAAGACCUGAGCCAGGUGCCAGACGAGGAGCUGCUACGCUGGAGCAAGGUGGAGCUGGCGCGGAGGCUGCGGUAUGCCCAGGGCGAGAAGGUGGGCCUCAUGCUGGAGCACCGUGGCCUACUGCGCCACGUGAACAGGCGGCUGCAUCAGCACCUGCUGGAGAUCCGCAGCCUCAAGGACGUGAACCAGAGGCUGCAGGACGACAACCAGGAGCUGCGCGAGCUCUGCUGUUUCCUCGAGGACGACCGGCAGAAGGGGCGCAAGCUGGCACGUGAGUGGCAGAACUUCGGACGCCAUGCGGCCGACGCCGUGUGGCACGAGGUGGCUCGCUCUCAGCAGAAGCUGCGCGAGCUCGAGGCGCGCCAGGAAGCCCUGCUGUGUGAGAACCUGGAGCUCAAGGAGCUGGUGUUGCUGCUGGAUGAGGAGCGCACCUCGCUGGCGGCGGCGGGAGGUGCGGGCAGUGGAGGUGGCGGUGCGGGAGCCCUCAUCUCUAUCCACAGCCAGGCCAGCCUGAGCGGGCCACUGGUGGGGGGCGCAGCGGGUGCAAGGGCCCGUGACGUGGGCGACGGCAGCAGCACGUUGAGCACAGGCAGUGGAGGCAGCCCGGACCACCAUCACGGUGUUCCACCCCCACUGCUGCCCCCCGGGCCGCACAAGGCCCCCAAAGGCAAGGCUGGAGCUAUGCUUCAUUUCCCCAAUGGCCUGUGUGAUCCCUCGUCCACGUACAUCAGGCAGCUGGAGACCAAAGUGAAGCUGCUAGAGGGUGACAAGCUCCCCACACAGCAGGUGGGCUUUGGGGAGUUCCGGAUGCGGCAGAAAGGCUUCUCCCCAUACCACUCGGAGUUCCAGCUUGCGUCCCUGCCACCUUCCUACCAGGACUCGCUGCAGUAUGGCCUGGCCUGCCCUGUUCCUGAGCUGCCCUCGCCAUCCCCUGCUGGCUACAGUUCUGCAGGACAGAAGCCCGAGGCUGUUGUGAACGCCAUAAAGGUCCUGAAGGUACAUGAGAACUUGGCCUGGCAGCUCCAGGACAGCUGUGAGGAGGACCUGAGUGAGAAGGAGAAGGCCAUUGUUCGCGAGAUGUGCAAAGUGGUCUGGAGAAAACUGGGAGAUGCUGUCAGUUCUAAGCCCUCCAUCCGGCAGCACCUGACUGGGAACAAGUUCAAGGGGCCUUUGUAG